AUGGUUUCGUCGCUCACGCUCAUUACCCUUUUACUGGGGGGGUGGGGAGCUGAAGUCGCUGCGGACAGCUAUGCCCUGUAUAACGCGGAUUCAGAGGUCCUUCUCGAUGCCUCCGAGAACUGUCUCGCGGCCUUUAAUGCGAAUGUCACCUGUCCCGCGCUCACGGGGGAAUUGUUCAGCAGCCCGUUCUUCGAGUUCAACCGGAAUACUACCUGGCUGGACCUUGUCUGCGCAACUUCAUGUCGCGAAUCCCUGCAGGAACACCGCAACAACGUCAGCACUGCCUGUACAAGUGCGCGGUACUAUGAUGAGUUCGAAAAGACAACCUGGCAGCCCUGGUAUCCCGAUGACUACAUGAUCUAUUCGCACGAUAUCGCAUGCAUGACCCGAAGUGACGGUCAGCUUUGCAAUGCAUAUUUCUGGGAAACCGGUCCCCCAGAGUCGGACUGUGAUGAGUGCAUGCUCAAGAUUGUCCACCGCCAAGUGAACUCGCCGUUCGCGGGCGACGAGUCGGACAGGGCGCAUUUCUCAUCCGCGACGGAGGCCUGCCAGGCCACCGGGUAUCCAGCCACCGUCGCAACCUCGCUGUUGAUUAGCACGCCGACGCCGACAGCGACUGGUAGCACCGGAACGAUGUACUCCAUUAAGCCCACCGAUGACUUCUACUCCAUCCCCAAAUCUCAGUCCGUGGGAACGGACCAACUGCUUCGCUCGAAUGGGUUGUCCUACGUGCAGGACAAAUUCCCGACUACGGGCACGCUGUGUAUCGAAAACAAAUGCCAGACACACGUGCUGGCGCCGAACGACACCUGCGCCUCGAUUGCGGCCGCUGCUGAUAUCUGGCAGGUGCAGCUCCUGACGUGGAAUCCUAACAUCAACCCUUUCUGCAGCCUCCCUGAUUCUCCAGUUGUGACGCCUAUGCCCACGCCAGAGCCCGUCCCGGAUAAUAUUGGUCCCAAUGACAACGCCCGAUGCGGUCGAUACUACGCCAUUGUGGAGGGUGAGGAUUGCGCCAUGAUUACCGUCAAGUUCAACAUUGGCCUUAACGACUUCUACUGCGUUCAGCCCGUGGGUGAGAUCUCCACCUAUCCAGGAUACUUACCCGGUCCCACGGCGACACGGCCGCCUUUCACAGCGGGCCCCAGCACGUCUAUCCCCUGGUACGAUCCGGAAUCAACGCAGGAUGCCGACCUGCUGGUCAUCCCGCUGGCCAACUUAACCCGCACAGACUGUUGGGACUAUAUCUGGAUCAACAGUACCGACCCGGAUCAGUUAGGCUGCUGGGACUAUGCAUGGGCUGCUGGCGUUGAGCCCGAUCAAUUUGCCCUGUGGAAUCCGUCCAUUGACCAGAACGCGGAGGAUAGUUUGGAGCCGACGUACGACUACCAUUGUACUUUGACUCCGUCUGUUUCGUAUUGUAUUGGUUUAGCGAGCCCGACUCCUGCCCCCGCACAAACCGCCAGCGCGCCCGUUCCGCGGGCCUCAGGCGAAAUCAGCGACUGCGUCUGGUGGACCUAUACAGUCCAGGGUCUAAGCUGUGAAGAUUUACUUUCCAACCUCGGAUUGACAAUCGACGUCUUUUACCAGAUGAAUCCAUCUGUCAAGGAAGACUGUACCGGCCUGGCUGUGGGCACUUACUACUGCGGAUCCACCCUUUCCAUGGGCAUUCUCGCAGAUGACGAAGAUGACGAGAACCCCCUCUCCAACACCAACAUCUCCACCGCCAACCCCAACCACCACGCCGGGGGGUUCGUCACCCCUACUCCUAUACAGACGAUGACUGCUGGUCAAUCGCAAACGAUCACUCCAUCAGCCAGGCCGAUCUUUACGCCUGGAACCCUGCCGUCGGCAAUGACUGCGCCGGGCUGUGGCCAGACUACUAUAUCUGUGUCGGCGUGGAAGGGACCACCACCAGCACCCCAACUUCUACUGCUACGCCGACGUCUACCGAGCCGGGAUCCCGGAGAACUGUAA